UGCCUAGUACCCUCCUGGCAUCAAUCUAAAGUGUGCCAUGCCCACGGUUUUCAACAGAAGCGCAACGAUCUGCUAAUAAAUGGAACUGCUAGUUGCUAGCGAGUGAUGGCUCCAUCUUCUUGGACGAAGGCCAUCAAUACGCAUUUUGUUUUCUAUUUAUUUAACUAGCGGCUGCGUUUUCAUAGGAAAUGUAUAGCUCGAUAACUGCGCCAAAAAUGAUGCGAGAUUCAAUCGAAUGCUGCACUGCUAGCUAGUCAGCCAAAUCUGACUGGGGAAUGGUCAUUUCUCAGUUUGCCAGCAUCACAGCUCUGACACAUCGCGAAGCCGUUCAGCUAUCGAGACAUAACGCUGGAACCUAGCUAGCGUUUAGUUGGAUAGAAAAAGAGGACGAACAUUUGUUGGGAAGCGGUGACUGUGCCAUUGCAAGACUGGUCAUAUGGAUGCUUCGUGUGCAUUUUAUUGACAAUUGUGGCUUGGCUCUAGCUAGGGGGCGGACAGCUCUGAGAAGGCGGACAGUUGGCUACGUUAGCUUGUUGGAUGUCGCGACAGUGCAGUUAGGUUCGUUCGUUGUCAUGCCAGGGACGCACGAACCCAGUCAGUGAACAGGGGGUAUCGCAAUCGAGGCGGGUAAUAGGGAUAGUUAGCUAGCCAGGUAGCUAGCUAGUUGUCCAACUAACGUUAGCUAGCUAACGUGAGAAAUCUAAACAAGGCUUGUAGCGCGCAUCAACGGAGUGAGGCCCUCAACACACCCCCUCGCAUCGACACUGCCCCCUCUUCGCCGAUCCUCCCGUGAUUUGCUGAGAUCUGUACACGGGUGAAGUCGGACAGUUCUCGGUUGGGGACAACUUGACAGCGAGGCCCCUAGCUCCCCUCCCCCAUUCCCAUCCAAGACCCCUCAGUCCACCUCUUCGCAAGACAUUAGAAGCGAGGAUCAGGAUAUUAGAUACCUAGCUAAAGUUAACCCAUAGUCCAUUCUAACCCGCGGGUUUCCAAAACCAGGAGGUAUGACUUUGGAGUCGAUGAUGGCUUGCUGCCUGAGCGAAGAGGCGAAGGAAUCGAAACGAAUCAAUGCGGAGAUAGACAAACAACUCCGGCGAGACAAGCGGGACUCGAGGAGAGAACUGAAAUUACUCCUUCUCGGUACAGGAGAGAGUGGGAAGAGUACAUUCAUCAAGCAGAUGAGGAUCAUCCACGGGGCGGGCUACACAGAGGAGGACAAGAGGGGUUUCAUCAGGCUGGUGUACCAGAACAUCUUCACCUCCAUGCAGUCCAUGAUCAAAGCCACAGAGAACCUCAAGAUCCCCUUCAAAUACGAGCAGAACCGGUCUAAUGCCAUGUUAGUGAAGGAGGUGGACAUAGAGAAGAUCUGUGGGUUCGACCAGCCCUACAUCAGCGCCAUCAAGACCCUGUGGGCCGACCCUGGGAUACAGGAGGCCUACGACAGACGCAGGGAAUACCAGCUGUCAGACUCCACUAAAUAUUACCUUAGUGAUAUAGACCGCGUCACCGCGGAGGGAUAUGUUCCUACUCAGCAGGAUGUGCUUCGUGUCCGGGUCCCCACCACGGGAAUCAUAGAGUACCCGUUUGACCUGGAGAACUGCAUCUUCAGCUAUCUAACUGAUCUGGACCGUAUCUCAGACAACAACUAUCUGCCCACACAGCAAGAUGUUCUGAGGGUGCGAAUCCCCACCACCGGCAUCAUAGAGUACCCCUUCGACUUGUCAAGCAUCAUUUUCAGGAUGGUGGAUGUAGGGGGUCAAAGGUCAGAGAGGAGGAAGUGGAUCCACUGUUUUGAGAAUGUUACUUCCAUCAUGUUCCUGGUGGCCCUCAGCGAGUACGACCAAGUCCUGGUGGAGUCUGACAACGAGAACCGUAUGGAGGAGAGUAAGGCGUUGUUCAGGACCAUCAUCACCUACCCCUGGUUCCAGAACUCCUCAGUCAUCCUGUUCCUCAACAAGAAGGAUCUGCUGGAGGAGAAGAUCUCAUACUCCCACCUGGUCGACUACUUCCCUGAGUUUGAUGGUCCCCAGCGAGAUGCCCAGGCAGGCCGGGAGUUUAUCCUGAAGAUGUUUGUGGACCUGAACCCGGAUAGCGACAAGAUUAUCUACUCCCACUUCACCUGCGCCACGGACACCGAGAAUAUCCGCUUCGUCUUCGCUGCAGUCAAAGACACCAUCCUGCAGCUCAACCUCAAAGAAUACAACCUGGUCUGAGAGACUCUUGCACACACACACACACUCUUCCCAGUUGCACAGCUUAGCCUACACACGCACACACACACACACACACACACACACACACACACACACACACACACACACACACACACACACACACACACACACACACACACACACACACGGACACCUAUGAAGCUUACACACACCUACAUGUCUAGUUGAUCUUUCCCCCUCCUGCUUAUCACUCCAGCGAUUUAAGACCCCUCUCUUCCAAUAUCUCUCCUCCCAUCCACUCUCUCAUUCCUUCCCUCUUUCUACCCUUUUGCCAUAAGCCUGUCCUCUCCCUCGUUCUCAGAAGCUUGUUAGUCUCCUCUUCUCCACACCACACAUACACACACGCCAUGCAGUAUACAGUGACUACGGGAGGGGACAAUGGGUGUAUGUGUGUGAGAAGGUGAGGAAGAGGACCAGUGUGGUCAGUGAACUGUGGGUCUUUAACCCUUGAACCCUCAGUCAACUAGCCUGAGAUCACAUCCUCUGAUUUGGUGGAAGGAGUGACCCAACCGCAAGGCAAAACACACCCGAGAGGGUGAGGUUUUACACUCUAUAAGGGAGGGGCUAAAGACUGGGAGGGGGGUGGAGACAAUGAGGUAACAAAGGAAGCCACUAGGACCCGAGCAGGAAGUGAUGUCACACACAAGUGAGGAGUCAGACCAAGGAUUCUGUUUGCACCUCGCAUUGAUGAAUGUAUACUCCGAGUGAUCGUUGCAAACGCAAAAAAAUAUAUAAUUAAAUAUGUUAUAAAGUAAUUACAUAUGUAGACAAAAUACACGAAGACAAAGCACCAGAGGGAGAGGAAAAAGCUAAUUGAUUAAAUAUGUGUUUCGCUGAGCUUUUUUACAAAUUGUUUUUAAUAAUAGUAACUUGUUGCUACGUCAACUUCUAUCCGACGACUAAGAAGUGGUUUGAAAAGUUUUAGAAGCGGUUAACAAAACAAAAUCUCAUAUUUAAACAAUUUGCAAAAUUGCCAAAAUAUCACAAAAACAAGAUGGUAACCAGAAACUGACUCUAAUUUUAUCCUUUACAGACGGCUGUGGUUGUUCAUGUUUAGGUUUGAUCACAUCGCUUCCCUCCUUCACUGGUAUACUGACUGAUACACCGGAACCUUCCGUUUGACAUCCGCAGUACCACGUUCUGUUUGAUACACGCUACAUUAAGAUUACCGAACAUCCGACACUCGCUACUAUGUUCUGAUUGGAGUCGCUGAGGGGGAGGGAGUCAUGAAUGGAUGAUGUCAUCAGCAUACGGUACAUCAAUCUGUGAAAGAAUGACAUCACGUGUUAAGUUGCCCAGCGACCCAAAUAGAUGUGCUCUGGAGAUUCUGGGCAAUCCAUCCCCACAAAUGACACGGUGGCAUCCAUUAUCCCAGACACACAGGAAGCUUUACGUUGUUUACUUUUUUUACUGUAUAGACACUUUUGUUUGUUGAUGAGAGGUGGUUGUUGAUUGGUGGGAGCGGGAGACGUAUGAUCCUGCCUCCCAAAUGGACAGACAAGCGCACUCUGAAGUCUACAAAAAGUUAUUGUUUGUGUAUAUUUCUGUUUGUAAAUACAUGUACACAGAAACGCUCCUGUACAAAAACACUCUGUGGUACAGUACACCAUCUUUGGCAAAAAAAAACACACAAAAAAAAAAGAAAAUCCACAUUUUUUCCAAUAGUGUACUGUUUUUGUUUUCCUAUGAAUUUACUAGUAUUUAUACUGUGAUUCUGGAUUUCUUUAAUUAUUGAUAAUCAACUGAUUAUAAGGUGACUACACACACAGAGGGCUGCAGUGAGAGGAAAGGAACGGUCUCAGAACAGAGGUUCUUAACCAUCAGGAGCCUUCUAGUCUAGAACCUUUAGAACAUUCUAGAUCCUCGGCUCUCCUCUGCAGCUUCUCCCUACUAACACUAGAGCAGAUUAGUUAUUCACAAUAUGUUGACAAAAGACAUGAUAUUAAAAGAGUAACUAAAUAAAGAUUUUUUUUUUUUUUUUAAUUUAUCUAAUAAUUUAUGGAACCAGGUUUGAAGGUGUUGAUGAAUUUGACUGCUUUUGUUUCUAUCAUGUUGAAAUGCGGUCGGGGCUAGACUUGAGUCUAAACUGCUGUAACAAAACAAACGUCUACUAUAGUAUGUACUAAAUCUCUGCUUUCUUUUUUUAUCUUAAGACAAUUCCAGAUGUACUUUGCCAUUCUAUCUAUAUCCAUGUUAAAUUCUAUGGUUUUCUUCUCACAUUAAGUCACUUUGUUUCGUUUCAUUGAUGAAAACUUGUAUUUCUCCUCUUGGGUUUCUAAUAGGCACAGCUCUGUAACUGCAUACAUAGGAAAUGUACCAUAUGAACGUAGGUGAAUUUUUAUAACCAGUGAUUGGAGACCAGUACGGUCUAUGCUUGCUCUGUCGUUGUAAUUUAAACACAGUUUGCUCUGUCGUUGUAAUUUAAACACAGUUUGCUUUGUCGUUGGUUUGAGUUGUUUUAGUUCAAGUUCCGAGGCUUGCUUUGAUAGAACCAGUGACGUUGCAGAUCUACUUUUGAAACUCUUUCUACAGGCAACUUUUUCUUCAUUAUUCUCAUUAAGGGCUAUCGCCAUGCACCAGACAGGCAGAUGGGGGAGAACUAGUAUAAGACAGGGCUCAAUUCCGUUUUCAAUUCAUGAAGUGAGUGGAAAUUCAAUGAGUGAAUUCAAAAAUCCUAGAAAGCGAUGGGCAGUAGAGGAGAAGGGUACACUGUUGCAUUCUGUCCUCAAGGGCUGCAGUCUUGCUGGGUUUUUUUUCUGUUGCCUUCUAACCAAAAAUGGAUUUCUACCUGUGAAAUCAGGUGUUUGCAAUCCCCAGCCGAUUGGUAACAUUCAUUGAUCAAGUAAAUGCCGGGGAGAAAUGAAAACUAGCAGGAAUGCGGAUUUCGAAGCACUGGGUUGUGCACCCCUGGUUUUAGGUUCACAGUCGACUAAGCCAUUCACUCGUGAGUGUUUGUGGGGAUCAUUUUGUUCAACAAAGACUGUGUGAAUACAGCUGUGGUAGGAUACAUGACCAACACUAUUAUUAGAAGGUUCAUUUUUUUACUUUUUCUUUCUCUGGAUCAACAGUGGAUCACACAAGCUUCCAGCUCCAAAUGAGGGAAUCUCUCAAGCCCCAAGUUCCCUACUGCACUGUUUGAUGUGUUAUCAUCAGGGGUGUGUUCCUGGAUCAGCUUACCCUCCCUCAAUGCUAACCUUAAAGGCCCAGUGCAGUCAAAUGUGAUUUUCCUGUGUUUUGUAUAAAUUUCCACACAGGUUGGAAUAAUACUGUGAAAUUGUGAAAAUGGUGAUAAUGCUAUUUUAGUGUAAGAGCUGUUUGAAAAGACCGCCUGAAAUUUCUGCCUGUUUUGGUGGGAUGGAGUUUUGGUUUGUCUGUUUGAUAUCACCAUGCGAUAAAUUAGUUAAUAAACCAAUAAAAAAAGUUUCAAACCUCUGCCAAUAACAACUAGUUUUCAGUUUUCCCCUUGCCACUCACACCACUUCGACAGUCCUAGCAAAAUUCAUGCUUGAUAAAUUACUCAUGCUAAGGAGCUAUUUUUGUUUGUUUUCACUCAAAAUGGUCAAAAAUAAUCAAAGUAAGGUACUUAAUUGUUACCCAGAAAUGACUUGAUUUUGAGGUAAAAACGUCUGCAUUGGGCCUUUAUCCAUUAGGGGGGAUGCAAAACUGACCUUAGAUCAGUGUUAAGGGGAACUUUCCUUCUACUGUCCUACUGCUAGUUUUACCAUCCGGGGGUGUGCUUUGUGCUUGUUGAGGAGAUUUUGCACAUUGUCAAUAGACACUCCUACAGUAGAGGCAGGGUGGUAAACCAGGUGUUAAAAUGCUAUUCCAAGUUAAAGCAUAGCUGCGCAACACACAGCUCUAGCACACCUGUGCAGGAUUUUGUUCCAUACCAGCACUAACACCCCAGUCAACUGAUUGAGAACUAAUCAUGAUUUUGGAUUUAGACCGCAGCUAGUUGAACCAAGUGUGUUAGUGUUCUACUGGAACUAAAGCCUGCACACUUCAGCCAGUAUUAGAGGAUGUUAUCCAAGUAUGACAUGCAGUAUUUCAUUCAGUGUUGACCUGCCCACAAACAAUGUGUUGAAUACAACUCGCAUACCAAACAGACAAGCACUUGGGCUCCUGUACUGCCUCCACAAUGAAGGGUGAAAACAGCCCUAACUACAAGCAGCUGACUUGGUGAUAAAUCAGUCAUAUUUAUAGGAAACACUACUAAUCUCUUGUUUACCACUUUCUGUGGUUUAAUUGGUUGGCACUCCUGAAGUGUCUGCACAUUAGGGGCCAGAGUUUUUCCUAGGCUGUAACUAGGACCCAGAGUUUUACCUGGUCAGAUUAACAUGGACAUGGUGCAUAUUGAGAACUUAGCUUGACUUAUUUCCUUUAAAUCUUUUUUGUAAGAUUAAAAAAACAUUACCGGAACACUAUUGUAUUUAGGACCACUUGAUUUAUUUUUUAAUCUAAGGAAACCUGAGGGUUAAAUGUUUUAGUUGGUGUAUAAAAUAUACAAUGCUGUUUUUGUUUCUUUAUUUUGUAUGUAACCCAAAUGUAAAUUAUGUAUUAUACUGCGUGCCAACCCAACUCUCUCUAGAGCCAGGCUCUCUCUUAAGUGCCAAUGCUGACAUCAUCAGGGAACAGCCAUCUUGGAUGGUCCCAUUUUUAAGAACACCAGAGACCUAAACACGUGGCGACUACGCCACCCCUAACAAAAACUAUAAGUACACAUUUCUUGUGUAAUUAUAUAAUUGCAUGUAUUGUUUAGUGUUGGGAGGAGGUGAGGGCUCGGAAAAAUGUAUUGGCUGAUGUAGAGACCUUGAUGAAAGGCUGAAAUCGGUUAUUGAUUGAUCGGUUGGUUAUUAUGUAUUAUUGAUUUGCAUUACUCUCGCCAUAUUUCUUUUUUUUCUGUGUGUUUUCAUGCAUUUGUUUCAACCACUGUUGCCUGAUCCUCAUUCAAACAUGAACAUGAUUUAUUACGAUCAUCGUCGCCUUCUAAGAGAGAACAUAAUGACAAGGUAUCUGUUUUAAAUUGAAAUAAAUUUGUUCGUAUACUUGCUGA